GAGGAGGAGGAGUGAGGCUUGACUAGGUUACUGUUGCAACAUGACUAGGGGGAUGGGUGAUUUCUGAAUCAGUGUGUAUAUAAGAGUAAGCAAUAUUCAAACCUCCAGUUCCAUUAGCAAGCUGUGAUUGUGAUAUGAAGAUGCAGAAGUCUGUCUCUGUCGUUCCUCUGCUGUUGCUCCUCUGUCUGUCUGGGGUAGGGGUCACCAAAGGUCAAGGUGUAGAGGUCACUAAAGCUAAAGCUGUAGAUUUCAAGACAGAAUUCGAGGUCAAAACACCAGCAGACGGAAAGACAGAUGGACAGAGAGACUCUGAGCCGGACCUCUGGGCUGAGCUGAGAGCGCUGAGAGACAUGGUGGUGGAACAGAGAGUGGAAAAAAGAGUGGAAAAGAGUGAGGCUGUCACGCAAAGUCAACUGGAGGAGGUGAAGACACAGAAUUCAGAUCUCCAGGCUCAAAGCGUCAGUCCACCAGCUGAACUCUCAGUCAGACUGGUGAAUGGGACCACUUCCUGUUCUGGGACAGUGGAAGUCUUCUACAGAGGAGAGUGGUCAGGUGUAUGUACUGGGUGGUGGAGCAUGAGAGAUGUUAUGGUUGUGUGUAGAGAGCUGCACUGUGGGGAUGCUGUAGCUGUAUCUACAGGAGGUCUGGUUGAAGACGGAAGACGAGGAGUCUCCAUAAAGAGUUGCAGGGGACAUGAGUCUACUAUUACAGAGUGUGGCUUCAGAGAAGGAGGACCUGGUUACUGUGAUGGUAGAAAUUAUCAUUAUGUGAUCUGUUCAGAUCUCCAGGCUCAAAGCGUCAGUCCACCAGCUGAAGACUCAGUCAGACUGGUGAAUGGGACCACUUCCUGUUCUGGGACAGUGGAAGUCUUCUCCAGAGGAGAGUGGUUCGGUCUAUGUCCUGGGUGGUGGGGCAUGAAAGAGGCUAAGGUUGUGUGUAGAGAGCUGGACUGUGGGAAUUUUGUAGAUGUAUCUAGAGGACCUCUGGUCGAAGAUGGAAGAACAAUAUAUGUCAGCUGCAGUUUAUAUGGAGAUGAGUCUAUUGGACAAUGUUACAAAAAUGAAGGAAGUAAAAACUGUAAUGGUGGAUAUUAUCAUCAUGUGACCUGUUCAGAGUCUGUGCGGCUUGUGGGUGGAGCUGGUCUCUGCUCUGGGAGAGUGGAGGUGAAGUCCAAUCAGUCCUGGGCCUCAGUGUGUGAAGCUGACUUUGACUGGCGAGAUGCAGAGGUAGUCUGUGGGGAGCUUGGCUGUGGGGCUCCUGCAGCUCUACAGGGGGGGCUCUAUGGAGAAGGUAAGGGUCAGACCUGGGAUAAAGAGUUCCAGUGUAAAGGCAAAGAGUCCCUUCUCCUGGACUGUGACACCUCAGACAGAGAAAACAACACCUGUCUACCUGGUAAUGCUGUUGGACUCACCUGCUCAGAGCCUGAUGAUGUGAGGCUGGUGGGAGGAGGCAGUCGCUAUGCUGGUGGAGUGGAGCGGUACGACCAGGGAGAGUGGAAGAUUGUGGGAGCUGAAGACUGGAACCAGGAGGCUACAGCUGCAGUAGUGUGUAGACAGCUGGGUUGUGGCUCCACUGUUUCAGUUCUACCUGGAAACACCACUGGAGUGUAUGGAGUUUCCUGUUAUGGGUCAGAGUCUGCGCUGAGGGAGUGUUCCAGAACGUCUGGUCGCCUUUCUGGAUUCACAGUGAUCUGCUCAGCCCCUCCCCAUCCCAAGUAGGGUUGUCAUCCCAGUGACCGGCAGACCCCCCCGUCCCCCCGGAUCCCAGGGCCCCUGAGAGACUGGGACCCAUCCUUUGAAAAGACCCCACUGUGAAACACACAGAACAGAAGCAGAUCAGCAGACAAAAGCAUUUCCAUCACCCUCACAUCGAUUAGCAUUAUUCUACAGCUAUAAAAAAUAUAUAUAAAUAAAAUGUCCUGCUUAUCUUAAUUUCCAUAAUUAACAAAUAAUAUGCGUAAUAAUGUAGGCAGUUCCUGCCAUGUUAUGUUGUCAGUAAUAUAUAGAUAAUGAUGUUAUUGAUUAUAAAUGUUAUGCUAUUGAUUAUGAUGUAGAUUGUUAUGUUGUUAGUAGUAUAUAGAUAAUGAUGUUAUUGAUUAUAAAUGUUAUGAUAUUGAUUAUGAUGUAGAUUGUUAUGUUGUUAGUAGUAUAUAGAUAAUGAUGUUAUUGAUUAUAAAUGUUAUGCUAUUGAUUAUGAUGUAGAUUGUUAUGUUGUUAGUAGAAUAUAGAUAAUGAUGUUAUUGAUUAUAAAUGUUAUGCUAUUGAUUAUGAUGUAGAUUGUUAUGUUGUUAGUAGUAUAUAGAUAAUGAUGUUAUUGAUUAUAAAUGUUAUGAUAUUGAUUAUGAUGUAGAUUGUUAUGUUGUUAGUAGAAUAUAGAUAAUGAUGUUAUUGAUUAUAAAUGUUAUGAUAUUGAUUAUGAUGUAGAUUAUUGUUAUGAUGUUGUUAGUAGAAUAUAGAUAAUGAUGUUAUUGAUUAUAAAUGUUAUGCUAUUGAUUAUGAUGUAGAUUGUUAUGUUGUUAGUAGAAUAUAGAUAAUGAUGUUAUUGAUUAUAAAUGUUAUGAUAUUGAUUAUGAUGUAGAUUAUUGUUAUGAUGUUGUUAGUAGAAUAUAGAUAAUGAUGUUAUUGAUUAUAAAUGUUAUGAUAUUGAUUAUUAUGUAGAUUAUUGUUAUGAUGUUGUUAGUAGUAUAUAGAUAAUGAUGUUAUUGAUUAUAAAUGUUGUAAUAUUGAUUAUGAUGCAGAUUGUUAUGAUGUUAGUAGUAUAUAGAACAUGAUGCUAUUCUCUUAUGAUCUGUGUGUUACAGAGAAAGUAUAGUAUUUAGUGCAGGUCUGAUAUACAUUAGAUUGUGUGGAUAUGUUCCAGAUAAAGACCUGUUGUUCUCUAAACUGCCAUGUAAUCAACUGAAUGCUUUUAAUAAACUCCCAGGCUGUCA